AUGAAGAAUUAAACAAUAAAAUUGAAUUAGGUCAAUUUUACUGAACACAUUGAUUGUGACUUGAACACUAGUUAGAAUCAUUCUAACUCAUUACAUUAGUUUAAACUUUUUUAGUUACAAUAGUAGAACUAAAGUUUAGGAGACUAUUCACAAUCUCUAAUGCAGUUUCCAACUUAAACAUUGUUUAAUAAUGCUAUAAAAUAAGAUAGUAAAAUUCAAAAUGAUGUUUAAAAUGAAAUUUAAGAUAAAUAAUGUUCUUCAAAUAACUCAUUUGAGAAUAAUUAGAAAUAUUAGUAGUGUUUCGAAUAUAACUCAAAUUUUACAAUUCAUAAUGGUGAUAUACAGUUUUAAAUUCCUUAAGUAGAUCAAUAAAUGCCUUAGUAAAAUAAAAAACUCUAAGCCCAAUCUAUUUUUUAUGAAAGACAGAGCCUAACUUCUGCAAACUAAACAAGUUCCUUGUUUACAAGAUAUGAUAAAAGCAAGGCAAUAAACUUUCAAAAUGCAUUUGAUUCCAAAGAAGCAAACAAAACUGGGCUAAAGUAAAAAGGAUAUAAAAAAAGAAAUAAUUUAUUAGCAAGAGAUAAUAAUGCAUAAAAAGAAGUUUGGAAAAAAAAAUGGUUUCUAAUUUUAGCUUUAGUUUCAAAAAUGAAGAAAGCAGCCUAGUAAAGCUCACUAUUUUUUAGACCUUAAAAUCUAAGAGAAAUACAGAUCAGGCUUAUCAAUGAUUUAUCUACAAUUAAUUUUGUAGCAUCAUUAAUACUAUUUGUUUACCUACCCUUUGAGUAUUGCUUCGGUCUAUCUAGAGGAUAAUUUUUUAGAUAUUUCAUUUCUUAUUUCUGCACUAUUAUUUUCAGUGCUGAUAUUUUUGUUAAAUUUAAUACAGUAUCUUCUGAAUAAGGCAAUCCUAUUGAGUAGCAUAUGCAGAUCUUUACUAAUUAUAUAAGUACCACUUUUUUGUUUGACUUAAUUUGCUUGCUCAGUUUAAACUCUACAAUUUUUUACUUAGAUGGUAUUUCAUUCUUAUUCUUUUUAAGAAUUUUUUAGCCAUUUAGAAUCUUAGAAUUGUUUAGAGAAUAGUUUCUUUUAAAAACAAAAAUAUUUGGAGUGAUCUCUUUGCUAUAUUUAUUAGCUCAAGUGAUUUAUUUUGCUCACCUCUUUACUUGUCUUUGGAACUAUGUAGGUCUUUUAUAACUUGAAUAAAAUACAGGAUGGAUUGUAACUUAUAAUUAUCAAACAGAAUCAGUUUCUAGUAGAUAUAUUUAAACUUUCUAUUAUGCAGUAGUUACGAUGACUACAAUAGGGUACGGAGAUUUCACUGCAUAAACUAAGUUAGAAAAACUCUUAAUGAUUUUUAUUGCUUUUUUUUCAUGCGGUAUUUUUGGCUAUACAAUUAACUCCAUAGGAAAUAUUUUGUAUGAUUUUAAGCAAAAGAGGGACCUUUAUCUGUAAGAACUAGCGAAAAUUAAUAAGUAUUUUAAACAGAAUAACGUUGAAUUAGGUCUAUAGUGCAGAGCAAAAAAGUAUAUUUAAUACAUAUACAGUGAUUAAUAUUGUGAUUAAUCUUGUUCUAUCAAAUCUCUUUCAUCACUUUCAGUUUACUUAUAAAAAGAAAUAUAGUAAGAUGUUUACAUUAAAAUGCUCAAAAAAGUACCAAUUUUUAGAGAAAUUAUUACUGAAUAAAUUUUUAAUGAGUUAGCUCUGUUAAUGAAAGAAAAAAUUGUUUGUCAUGAUUAAUUAAUUACUUGUUAAGAAGAAGACGACGAAGGUGAACAUUUUAUUUAUUUUGUAAACGAUGGUACAAUUUUAGAGUUUUGCUAAUAUGAUUCAAAAACAUAAAUAAAAGAAAUUUAGAAAUUUAGAUAUGGUCAAUACUUUGGGCUUGCUCAGUUUAUGAGUGGAAAUUCAAAUCAAAAUCUUAAAUAUAAAAGCAUAGGCGUUUCUUCUGUACUAUAGCUGAGUAAUUCUAAUUUUAUAGAGGUUUUAAGAAAGUAUGAUUUAGAAUACUAAAAAUUUUGUUAAGCUAAAGAUGAAGUUAAAUUUGAGAGUAAAUUUUAAAAAAUUAAUUCAUAUUGUUACUCAUGUAAACAAAAAAACCACAGAUUUGAGGAAUGUCCUUAUUUAUUCUAUGAAGGCAAGAAACCAAUAAUUUUGAGAUAGUAUAUUAAAGAAAAUAAUUUUAAGAUAAAACAUUUUUAAAGAAAAAAAUAAGAUAAAAGUUUAAAUGCAUUAAUCAGCUAGGAAUAUGUAGCACAAUGUGCAGAUAAACACUUCUUACAAAAUAUGCCAUGUUUUUCAAUGUGGUAUGAAAGCUAAGAAUCUGGAUCUUAAUCAGAUAGUAAAUCUAAUGAAAAAUCAACUAACAGCAGCUAAGAGCAUAUUUCAUAAGAAAUAAUAUAGUAGGAGAUAUUCAGAAACGCUAAUAGUGAAUAAAGAUUAGGAGAGUCUAAAAAAAUAGGAUCUAUAAUUGAAGAUUCAUCAUAGAUGUAAUUGAAUGGUAGAAAAUUUAGUCUUCAAAUUCAAAAAGAAAUUUAAAAUUAAUUUGAAUUAGGAGAAACCAACUAGUUUAAUAUACAAAAAGUUAAUAGCAGCUUCAUACCAAGUAAGAUAAAUAUACUUGAUGAUGAAGAAAGCAUAAACUUAGAAGAAAAUUUGAAUAAUCAAAUUUAUAAAAAUAAAAAAUCCAGAAGCUACAAAAAUAUUCAUACAAAAGAUUCUUUCUUAAAUAUUUAAAAUUUACACGAAUAUGAUUAAUUCAACUCACAAAGUAAAAUAAAUGUUUUAAUUUAAUCAAUUAUUAAAGUUAUAUGA